AUUGGAUAUCAUGUUUAAAUAUAAUAUGAGGGACUUAAACCAAUAUAACAGAAUUGUGUCUUAACAUAACGUUUAAUUUUUCAAGAAUAUUGGAUUUAGAAGGAAAGUUAUUUCCCCACCUCCAAUUUUUCGAAGGGCAUGCGUAGUGAUUCAACCUUUACUUUAUAUAUUUAGUGAUUUUUGUGAACAAACCAUUCGUUAGGCAUUGCAUUAAUACUGUUAAUUCGGCUUCCGAAAUAUAUAUAUAUAUCGUAUUGUUGAUCUGCAUAUUUUUCAUUAGACUGCUGGAAUCAAUAAAUGUUUUAAUAGAUACCUUAUUUGUUCCAAACAUAGAAUUAAUAAUGUAUUUAUGUUUGAUUGUCAAGUUAUGAAAUACCGAAGUAUAUUUGCAUAUAAUUGUAUAAAAUUCAUCCCUAUUCUUGAUUAAAGUGGUAUUGAACAUCAUAUUGCAUUCUAAAUGGUCUUUGUACCUGUCAUUGCACUGAAGAAUUACCUUAACAAGAAAAGAUUAUUUCAUUAGAAAGAUCGUGCUACUCUAAAUUAUUGCAUGAUGAUGUUAGGUGGCACCCCUAGUGAAGUCAAUCCCAAUAGUCUGUGGUUAAAUAGCAGAGGUAUUUGGUUAUCUUACCUCAUUGCUGUUCUGCUACUUCAUUUGGUUCUGCUGAGCUUUCCAUUCCUCAGUGUUGCUUGGGUAUGGACACUUACAAAUGUGGUACAUAAUGCAACUAUGUUUGUGAUUUUACACUUUGUGAAGGGCACUCCUUGGGAAUCAGCAGAUCAAGGUAAAGUCCGUUAUCUCACACACUGGGAGCAAAUUGACAAUGGUGUACAAUUUACUGCCACAAGAAAAUUUCUCACUAUUGUGCCAAUUGUCCUAUUUUUCCUUGCAAGUUUUUAUACAAAGUAUGACAGAAUGCAUUUUUUAGUGAACUUCUCCUCUCUAAUAAUUGUUCUCCUACCAAAGCUGCCACAAUUCCACAUGGUGAGGCUCUUUGGCAUCAAUCAGUACUGAACUGUUUUCUACUCAACAACAACAAAAAGUCAAACUCUGUACAUAUGUAAUGUAGUGUAUUGGUCACUGUACUAUAUAUUUUCUACAGCAAUUGUCCAUUUUACCUAAUUUCCUCUUUCUUUAAACUGGCUUCAAAUUUUGAAUUUAUGUAAAUGGCAAUGUAAAUUCUUACAGAAUGAGAAGUUAUUAUUUAUUAAGCUUUUAUAUAGUUUUAGGGUUUACAAAAUUAAAUAUUACUUUUGUCUACUCUCGAUUAAAGUCUUAUGUUUUGGUUUAAUUUUUUAAAAUUCUGUUUAAUUUCAAUUUAUUAAAUUAAUUUUAUGAGUUUGGAAUUUUUUGUAAUUUCAUUUACCUGUAUGUUGUAAUUAUUUUGUUUCUGGCUAUUAUAUAUUAUUAAUUGCUAUUUUCAUUGAGAUAAGCCAUUUCUAAUAAGAAACAAAUAUCCUGGGAGAUAGGGGAAAAGGGAAAACUGAUUUCAGUUUUAUUUCUGAUUACAUUCAUUAUUUCUUAGGUAUAUUAUAAAUUACCAGUUUUUGUUUAAUUAAAAUGCUUCCUUGAUUCAUAAAAAUGAGAUUUUGAAAAGUGCAUAAAACCCAAAUUAUAAUUUGAUUAUGAUUAUUGAUAAUUUUGUGGGGUAUAAAGUUAGUUUAGAAAUAAGAAAUAGUGCCUUUACUAAAAAACAAUACAUUUUCUUCUGUGAAAUAAAUUAUUUUAUAAAGUUAUAUAAUCUCUAUUUAUUUUUUAUUGUAAUUGUUACUUGAAGAAAUAUAUGUUAAUUAUUUUUUUCCUGCUUACACUUUUUCUUUUCAUAGAGUAGAAUAAAUUUAUGAAUGCAUUAUGUUUAUUAUGCAUUAAUAUAUUAUUCUGUAUAACAUACACAUUGUUGUAAAUUAGCCUUAUUAGGCUUGUUUCAGCAAAAAUGUAGGAUUUUUUAAAAAAAAUUAAGAAUUUUGUCCUUUCCUCUUUUUUGUAAAUAUAGAAAAAUAAAUUUGAAGUUAGGUUACUUUUGAAUCACUUAAAAAUGUAACUAAACAUGAUUUACACUAUUACUUUAAAACAGAGGCAGUCUAUUUUUCUCAUUUACUUUUAGUGCUGUGUUGGAACUAUUUUUAUUAAGCAUUUUCUUUUCAUUAUUUUAUUCUUUAUAUCUUUUGUUUUCUCUUGUAAGAAUCUUAUGGUAUUUAAGAGUAAUUUAUCUAUGUUGAUUUUCUAAAUAAUUAAAUGAAUCAAAAUAUAGAGUUUAAUGGAUUUAAAUUUUUUCCAUGUUAUAAAUUCUGUGACUUUUUUCUAAAUUUAACUACCAUGCAAAAAUAUAUAAGUAAUUUUAAAGCAUAAUGAAUUCAAUUUCCAUUUUUAAUGAACCUUUCAUCUAGUUUGAAUACCAUUGUAUAAUUUAUUUUAUCUAAUUUAAAAUUCUGGCUUGAAAAAUUCCUCUGUAAAGAAGAACAUUCCAGUAUUUGUAGUAAUUUUGUCAUACCUCUUGACUGUAAUUCAGUCUUUACUCCAAUGAAUUAUUGUUAUUGAUUCAAAAUGAGCUUACUUUUGAAGUUGCCAAAAUGUAUUAUAGGAAAAAGCUGUAUCAGAUUUAUCAUCAAGUAGAAAAGUAGCUAAAUUUCAAUUUAUUUUUUAUCAAACUUUUCAAAAUAUAUUUAAAGAAAAAAAAUUGUCACUCUGCAUUUAUUAAAUUGAUGCAUAAUUUUGAUUUAAUGAUUAAAAAAUUAAACUAUAAAAGAACAUGCAUAAAUUCUAUGUUGAUUUCUUACAUAUGGCUUUUUGUCUUAAAUAAAAGCAUUAUUAAAAUAAUAAUAAAUUAUUUAAAGUUCUCAGUCUUUAUAAUAGGAAUAAUUCUUCCUUCCCUCAUAGAGUAGUAGUAGUGCUAUUUUAUAAUAAAUGUUUACUGUGUUUAUUCUGCUAGUUUUUAUUAAAAGAAGUGGAAAUUGGUUUAUAUCUAAUAUAUUAAUGUGAAUAUUUGGAUAUUCAUGAAAACUUAUUUUCUUGUGAAUAGGUAUAUUUUAGAUAGUGAGGACUCAUUUUUGAAUGUGGCGCUGGCGUCGAAAUUAGAUGGCACAUAAUAUUCUAGUACUGUCAUUUUGCUACAAUGUUAUUAAUUUUUAAUAUGUAUCUUAUAAUAAAAUAGAUUUUACAAUUAUUAUUGAUAACUUUCAUAUUCAGGUUUUUAAUAAAUCUAUGUUUAAGUUGAGAAUAUACUAUGCUUAAAAAUGACAAUGAAUAUCAUUAAUAUAGUGGCCAAAGACUGAUUUUGCUCCAAAAAUAGUGCAUAAAUGAGUCUUAAAAAUGUUUUUAAUUAAACAUAUUUAAUAAAUUAUAUUGUUUUCAUGUUUAGAACCUUUUAUUUUUCAAAAAUUUAAGAAACUGAUUAUCUAUGAAAAAUAUCCAUAAUUUUUUCUUUAUCCAUGAAAAAAAAAAUUCAAAGUUUUUUAAGAAACAGCCAUUGAAACCAGUUGGCAGCUAAACAAAUUUGCUAAUAUUUAAAAACCUGAAUUCAAUAAUUUGCUAAUUAAUAAAAUUUUAGUUGGAAUUAUUUAUUUUAAUUGAUUUUUUUUAUUUACUUGAACAAUAAAAUAGGUAAAAUUCAUUAUAAGUGUUGUGAUGAUACAGUUUAUAUUACAAAAUGUUUAGUAUUUCAUUGUGAUAAAUGCUAUAACACUUUUUUUUAUACAUGAUAUAUAUUAUUAUUUUAUAAUAUAUUAGGCAUUUAUAUGCUGAUUUUUUUUUUUUAAUUUUUUUACUGAAUUUGGCAUUUUUGUUUUAAGGAAAAUUUGCCCCUUUUUUUUCUGAUAAUCGUUUUGUAAAUAUUUAUUCAAUGGCCAGCUUUGAUAUAAAAAAUAGAAAAUAUUUUUUAAGCAUCCCCAUAAGAAUUUAAAACAAUGCAAUUUUCAAUGCUGUAAUCAAUUUGAUGUAUUUUAUUCUACAAAACUAUUUAUAUGCCUUUAGAAUUUCUAGAAUAACAUAUCAAAAAUUCCAUAUUCAUAUAUUCUUUUAAAAAAAUGGAUGUCAAUAAUAUAAAUUUACAAUAAAGUUAAAACUGAAUUCUAAGUUUAAUAUUAAGUUUUUUACUUUAAAAUUGCACAUCAGUAGAAUUAAGUAUCUGGUUUUAUGUUGAAAUUCGUGAUUAUUUUAGAAGUUGAUGAUUGUGUGCAUGGUUUUGUUUAUUAUUAUUAUAUGUGUUGUUAUAUUCAUAUUUUGACUGAGGUACUUUUUUUUUUUUGUUAACAAGUACUUAUUAGAUAUAAAUUCUUAGUGACACAUUUAUGUAAAUACUCAUUUUGUUAAAAUAUCUGUUGAUAAGUUUACACCGAAGUGUUGUGCUAUAGGACAUUUAUGUGCCUUUGAUGUAUUAAAAAAAUGGCAUGCCUUGUUUUUUCUCUUUAUAUUUUGUGAAUUAUAUCUUUUGAUUAUACCGUAAAAUUAGUGAAUAGUUUUAUUUUCUAAGUAAAGUUACUUCAUUUUUUAAAUUGUAUUUAGGGAUUGUAUUUACAUAUGAGUGAAAGAGAAAUGAAUGGGUGUGAAGUAUAAGUUAACAACAAGACUGAUGAUCAAGACUUUUAUAAGCAACACUUAGUGUGCUUAUAAAAGUGGUCACUAUAAUUAAUAUAUUAUCAAAAAUAUUUUAUUUAAUAAAAUUUAGAUUCUUUUUCGUUUUUAGUAUCAACUCAUGUUGACAAUACAUGGCAAGUAAUGAAUUGCUGCAUCACCAAUGAAUAACAUAAUAUGUACAUCUAAAGCUUGUGAUUAUAAAGAAAGCUCAGUUAGAUUUUAAAAAAAUAUCUUUUUCAAUUCUAUAAUUUUAUACAUUGAAUGUUGUUUACAAUUACAUUAUAUUCAAUGCAUUAGAAAUUUAUUCAGGAUUGUUUACAAUGCUGUAAUGAUAUAAGUUGAGGCUUUUCCUGUAUGGUCAGCUUGAAGUAUGUGUGUGUUUUGCUAAUUUUAAUAAUAAUAAUUUUUUUUUAAAUGUAAUAUAGGGAAGUUAGAAAUUUUUAACUUGAUAUAUUUAGUAAAAGAUUAUUGCUUUUAAUUAAUACAUUUUUUGAAGUAAAAUUUAGUUAGAAAAUGUAAUGUAAUGUUUGUUAGAGAAAAAAGAUUUAAUGAAAUGAAGAUAAAAUCUUAUAUUAUUCCUACAAUGCUUUUGCAUACCUUGGUUAUAAUUUUCUUAUACUCAAUUUUUGCAAUAUAAAGUUUAUUACUGAUUUAAUCUGUUACUGUUGUCAUUUUUUAUUAAGAAAUUUAGAACUCAUUUGGCAAUUAAAAAAAAGCUAUCAGUAUAACUGAUUCUUGUAUUUUGUUCUCGAGAUUUGAAAUUAAACAAUAUUUAGCCUAAAAAUUAAAUACAUUGAAAUAAUUUCCUAUAUUCACAUAAUAGGAAUUUUCUUAAAGAAAUAAUGAAUGUCUAAUAAUAGUAGACUAUUAAUAUUUGAAAUGAAUAAGUCUGCAUUCUUCUUGAGCCAUUUGUUCUGUCAUUGAAAAUUGUAAUGUGAAUGUACAGCUUUUUUCUAAUGCCUAGAACAUACGGCUCUGCAGUGCUUGAUUUCUGCAGUCUUUUCUUCUUGAAAUGUGAGAUUUUCUAGCAUCUAAGAAAUAAAAUCAUAUUUAUUUAAAAUUUUUUGAUUUGACUUAUCCCCUCCCUUAUACAUUUGUUGCUGUUUAAUUCAAGAAUACACUUUUGACACCUGAAAAUUUUAUUGAAUUAUAUAAAAUGCAGAGCGUGAAUAAAAUGAAUUAAUACUUAUGAGUAGUUGGUAAAACAUAUAAAUUGAUUUUAUUUUGCUCACAUCAAAUGUUUAUGAAUCAACUUUUUCAAGCAUAAAUAUUUUAUCCUAUUGAAAGUAUAAAUAUUUUUUCCCUUAAAAUUAACUUUAUUUUAAAAUGCAUCUAAAUUAUUUUGUGAGGAGAAAUAAAUAGCUGACAGAAAGUAAUUUACUGAUAAGUGUGUUCUUAAUACUCUUUAUAUCAAUGAGCUUAACUUUUUUUAUGAUUAUUUGGA